AUAUCUCUUGCCAGUCUUUGGGAUAGAGUAGAAGGGGUGUGUGGAGGAGUCCACAGUAGGAGAGUCACAGAGCAGGGAGACCUACAAAGGAGAAACCAAGGGUAGCUCUGGAGCAGCAAGGCUGGGUCCACUACUCCAAAAUGCUUGUCACGGUGAUUCUUUUCGGCUUCCUGCUAUACCCAGUAGCUGCCUUCCCAGAUGGAUCAGACAAAGGCCCUCCUCUACUUCCUCCUUUGUCCCUGGAGUCCCAACCACCCAUUCUCGGCUCCCUUUCCUGUUGGAACCUGCUGCCUGAGUCUCUUCCCGACUUCGAUCGUCUAGCCCCAUUGCCAAGGUACCUGAUUGGCCUGGCGUUGUACAUAACCCUGGAGCAGGCUGGCUGUCCGACGGAUGCCCGUGUCCUUGAGCAGCAGCUCUAUAGACUGGGUGGGGUGAAAGUCACAGAGACCCUCAUCCAACAGCUCCAAGGCCUUCGGGGGGACAGAAGAGGAAGUGAGUCCCACCAGGUUCUAUUCCUCAUCCUGCAGUUCCUGGGCAGAAACCAGAGGCUGGGGAGGGCCCCUCGUUCACUCUCCUCGGCACAUUGUGUGCAUGAGAAGGAGCAACAAGUACACAGUGUGAUUCAGUUCCUGCCCCAAGUGGGAAGUUAUUAUAACCUUGGUAUGGCUUUCUAUUAUGCUGCCCAGAAUUGCAUGGCUCAGGCCAGGGAGAGAGUACAGGAAGCUGCACUGGACCUAGGCUCUGAUUUCCUUGUUGGGCUGAUGGGAAUAACCGGGGGCCCUGCAGGGAUCCUUGUCGGUGUGCCGCUUAGGCCAGUGAUCAAAUCUGGGGUUCAGAAGCUUAUCGAAUAUUAUUACAGUAGUAGGGAGGGGUUAGAAAGCCCUUCCCUAGGCACAUAUCCAAGCUGGCAGAAGGACUGGGGAAUCACCUCAGAAAAGGCCAGCAGCCCGGUGACUCCAACAAUUAUCAGUAGCAAACAUAUGGCUGAUGAAGUGACAGAGGCUACCUCCCUGUGGAACUGGGGUUCAUUCAAGAGCUGGGGAUGGUAGAGAAGCCAGAGGCUAACUACAAGCUGGCACUGGAGCUGGGGAAUGGGGGCACAAAAGUCAUUUAUCAGGAAGAGUCAAAGAGCUGUUGACUCCAAUGGCAUGUAAACUGAUGUCCCUAUUAUUAUAUGUAAGUGCUUAAUAAACGCCGUUUGAUUGUU